AAAACCAACCCAACCCAUGAUCCAACCCCACCCAACUCUUCUUCCUCCUUCCUCUCACCUCCUUCUUUCCCCAAUUACAACCGCCGCCGCCUCCUCCAAUGAGCCCCAGCUCCGACACCGCCUGGACCUCGAUCUCCGCUUCCCCUGCUUCGCCGCUGGUUCCUCAGUCUUCCAGCUGGGAUUUCUGGGACCCUUUCGCUUCCCCUGCUCCACGAGUAAUAUUCCUGCAACAGUUGGAUCGAGUCCCGUCCUCAUCGACGAGGACGACUCCUCCACGGCCGCGGCGGCAUGGAUCGAUGGGAUAAUCAGAGACCUAAUCCACAGCUCAGCAAACGUCUCAAUCCCCCAGCUGAUUCAAAAUGUAAGAGAAAUUAUUUACCCUUGCAACCCUAAUCUCGCCGCCUUGCUCGAGUACCGGCUCCGCAGCCUCCUCGACCCGGGCCCAAGCCCAAUCCCGGCUCGCGGAGAGCCCGCCCUCCUACUUCCUUCCACCAGGCCGCCUCCUCCUCCGCCGCAGCAACGAAUCUACCACAAUAACAGCUCCGCCGCGGCGGCGGCGGCUUCUGCAAAAUUCAACGUUGUCACUUCCUCAUCGGGAUCCGAAAUUCAAAAUCAAGAUGACGAUAGAUCUGGAUCUGGUUCCAUUCCGGAACCGCAAGCGACGGAAGCGUAGGCGGCAGCGGCGGAGCAGGAGAAGCGAAUGCG